AUGUAUAUAAUACUAAAGCUAAGACAGUUAAAAGUUUAUCUACAUCGGCUCUUCGCUGUGGAAUUAGGACAGAAUGAUGGCGAAACUCAUGUACCAGAUCACCACGUAAACCUUGAGAAGCUUUAUGAUCUUGGAGAUCAUCCUAAGUCCGUAGAUGGAGUCUACUUCAAUGGAAUGUCUAGCAGCGGCGAUGCCCUUAUAUGUGGCUUGGCUAGGAGACCGAGGAGAACUUGCGACGCUUUCUUGUUCUUGAAGAUCAACGGGAAAGAUGUCUUUUUAACACCAAGUCUACCGGAAACAUGUUUGAAGAAGUCGAGUGAAGAUGAAGAGGGGCAUGAUGUUCAGGGUUUAUCUGUAACGAACUUCAUUCCAAUGCGGACUUGGAAACUGACAUAUUAUGGAGAAAUGAAACCUCGUACUGAUGAUAAUAGGAAGAUUAAAGUAGAAGCGAAUUUAACGUGGAGCGCUCUCUGGAACCCGUUUGAAUACGACACACAAAUGUCCGCCAAAAGUAUGGCCAACGAUAUGGCGAGAGAACCGUGGUCGACGGAUUAUUUUAAACUGCUGAAGAAAUUUCAUCAAACACAUUAUGAACAAAUGGGAAACAUAGCCGGUAGUGUUUGCAUUGAUGGGACAGAGUACGAAAUAAACAUGCCGUGUGUUAGAGAUCGCAGUUUUGAGUGGCGCAACUUCCAUCGUUACGUGUACCAUUUCAUAUUUCUUGAUAACGGAGACUUUGUUGCUGUUGGAAGUGUAUCACAACCUACGAUUUUAUCACAUCUAACAAUCGGAUACUACUGUCGUAAAGCAGAUCAAAGUGUCACAGCGAUCGACGCUUGCGACUUUCAUUUGUACCAACAUGGAGAGAAUCAAACACUUCCCAACGAUUAUGGCUUUACUUUUGAAGCAGACGGGGUUUCGCAUACUGUGAAAGUAAUAUCAAAGGAUGAGGUUACGUUUUAUAUCGGCAAAGAUAAAGAGGCUAAAUUCUAUGAAAAAUGGUGUGACGUCACUGUUGACGAUAACAAAGGGCAAGCUUGUGUGGAAUGGCAUUAUAAUAAUGUUGUACCGAAACAAUAA